AUGGCUGCCGCCUUCUCCGGGCUGCGGCUGGGCAGCUCGUACUAUAAAUUGCUGCAGCAGCAGAUCGAUGACAAAGAGUUUGACAUUCCUCAAGUUGAUACCCCACCAACGCUGGAAAGCAUCUUAAAUGAGACUGAUGACGAAGAAGAGUCUUUCAUUUUGGAGGAUCCCUUUCUCUUGAACAUUGAUAACACGGAUACACACUCCUACGACACAUCUUCUGUAGCAAGCUCUGAUAGUGGGGACCGGACACACCUGAAAAGAAAGAAAAAACUCCCUGAUUCUCUCUCUCUCCAUGGAUCAGUUAUACGGCUCUCACUUCUGAAAGGAAUUUCUGCCCAAAUAGUAUCUGCAGCAGACAAAGUGGAUGCAGGCUUGCCCACUGCAAUAGCAGCAUCAAAUCUGAUAGCAGUGGGGACUUCCCAUGGAUUAGCACUAAUUUUUGGAAAAGAUCAAAACCAGGCUCUUCGACUUUGUCUGGGCAGCACUGCUAUUGGGGCUCAGUACGGGGCUAUCUCUGCUCUCAGUAUCAACAAUGACUGUUCGAGGCUGCUGUGUGGCUUUGCAAAAGGACAGAUCACAAUGUGGGAUCUGGCCAGUGGGAAGCUGCUGCGAUCAAUAACAGAUGCUCAUCCCCCAGGAACAGCCAUUUUGCACAUCAAGUUUACAGAUGACCCGACGCUUGCAAUUUGCAAUGACAGCGGAGGCUCCGUGUUUGAACUGUCAUUUAAAAGGGUAAUGGGAGUGAGGACGUGUGAAUCUCGAUGUCUCUUCAGCGGCUCAAAGGGAGAAGUUUGCUGUAUUGAACCACUACAUGCGAAAGUUGAGCUGAGAGACCACCCUAUUACCCAGUAUUCACUGCUGGCCAUGGCUUCCCUGACAAAGAUACUAGUCAUUGGCUUGAAGCCAUCUCUGAAAGUGUGGAUGACUUUCCCCUAUGGUCGUAUGGACCCUUCUAGUGUCCCGCUUCUGGCGUGGCACUUUGUGGCUGUGCAGAACUCCGUGAACCCCAUGCUUGCCUUUUGUCGAGGAGAUGUUGUUCAUUUUCUUCUGGUAAAGAGAGAUGAUACUGGUGCAAUACACGUCACAAAGCAGAAGCAGCUUCAUCUGCACUAUGACCUCAUCAAUUUUUCUUGGAUAAACUCACGGACAGCAGUGCUUCUGGACAGUGUGGAGAAGCUGCAUGUGAUAGAUCGCCAGACGCAAGAGGAACUGGAGACCGUAGAGAUCUCAGAAGUUCAGCUAGUCUACAACAGCAGCCACUUCAAAUCGCUGGCAACGGGGGGCAAUGUCAGCGAAGCACUGGCAUUGGUUGGAGAGAAGGCUUGUUAUCAGUCCAUCAGCAGUUGUGGUGGUCAGAUCUUUUACCUUGGAACUAAGUCUGUUCAUGUCAUGACGUUGAGGAGCUGGAGAGAGAGAGUUGACCACCUUCUGAAACAAGAGCGUCUCACUGAUGCCUUGGCUCUAGCUUGGUCUUUUUAUGAAGGUAAAGCAAAGGCUGUAGUAGGCUUGUCUGGGGACACAAGCAAGCGGAAAGCAGUCAUUGCGGACAGAAUGGUUGAAAUCCUUCUCCAUUAUGCUGAUCGGACUUUGAAGAAAUGCCCUGACCAAGGGAAAAUCCAGGUUAUGGAGCAACAUUUUCAGGACAUGGUGCCUGUCAUAGUUGACUACUGUCUCUUACUCCAGCGCACGGAUCUAUUAUUUAGCCAGAUAUAUGAUAAGAUGAGUGAGAAUUCUGUGGCUAAAGGCAUCUUUCUGGAGUGCUUGGAGCCAUACAUCUUAAGUGAUAAGUUGAUGGGAAUCACAGCUCAAGUGAUGAAAGACUUGCUCCUUCACUUCCAAGACAAGAACAGAUUGGAAAAUAUGGAAGCCUGCAUUGUGCAUAUGGAUAUCACCAGCUUAGACAUACAGCAGGUAGUUCUUCUGUGCUGGGAAAACCAUCUCUACGAUGCCAUGAUUUAUGUGUACAACAGUGGGAUGAAUGACUUCAUUAGUCCCAUGGAGAAACUGUUCAAAGCCAUUGCUCCUCCACUGAAUGCUGGGAAAUCUCUCACAGAUGAGCAGGUGGUAAUGGGCAACAAGCUGCUUGUAUAUAUAAGCUGCUGCUUGGCAGGCCGUGCGUAUCCGUUGGGUGAUAUUCCUGAAGAUCUGGUACCUUUGGUUAAAAAUCAGGUUUUCGAAUUUCUCAUCCGGCUGCAUUCAACCGAGGGAUCUGUGGAUGAAGAGGUGUAUCCUUAUGUUCGUACCUUGCUGCACUUUGACACUCGGGAAUUCCUUAAUGUUCUUGCUCUGACUUUUGAAGAUUUUAAGAAUGACAAGCAAGCUGUGGAAUAUCAGCAGAGAAUUGUGGACAUACUUCUGAAAGUCAUGGUAGAGAAUUCCGACUUCACCCCGUCGCAGGUUGGCUGUCUCUUUACCUUCCUUGCCCGUCAGCUCGCCAAGCCCAACAACACGUUGUUUGUGAACAGGACGCUUUUCGACCAGGUCCUUGAAUUUCUGUGCAGUCCUGAUGAUGACUCUCGCCAUUCGGAGAGGCAACAGGUCCUUUUAGAGUUGCUCCAGGCAGGAGGGAUAGUACAGUUUGAAGAGAACCGCCUUAUCCAAAUGGCAGAAAAAGCUGAAUUCUAUCAGAUUUGUGAGUUCAUGUAUGAACGAGAGCUUCGCUAUGACAAAAUCAUUGGCUGUUACCUGCGUGAUCCAGUAAGGAAGGAAGAAGUAUACAACUACAUACACAACAUCCUGUCUAUGCCUGGGUACAGUGCUGAAGAGAAGCAGUCAGUGUGGCAGAAAGCUUUGGACCAUAUAGAGGAGUUGUUGUCGCUGAGCCCAUGUAAAGCAGCCGACUUGGUAGCCAUUCACUUCAGUGAGCAGAUUGAGCGCAUCAUUACAAACCUUCAGGACCAGUUCUUACUCUUCCAGUUUCUGAGGAGUCUUCUUGACCCAAGAGAAGGCAUAAAUCAGGACCUGAUACACUUACCGCCCUGCAUCACGGAGCAGUUUGUUGAGCUGCUGUGUCACUACAGCCCAGACCAGGUUUUGGAGACGCUGAAAGUUUUGGAAUUCUGCAGGCUGGAAGAAACCAUCCAGAUAACGCAGAAGCAUCAGCUCCAUGAAGCAUCCUCGUAUUUACUGGAGAAGAAGGGAGAUAUCCAUGGCGCCUUUCUGGUUAUGCUCGAGCGAUUGCAGAGCAAGUUGCUGAAGCUUACGCAAGAUGAUGAAAGUAAGAAAAAUAUCGAAGAUACCUUAAUGAAAACAAUUGCUCUUUGCCAGAGGAAUUCACACAGUUUAAACCAGCAACAACGAGAGGCCCUCUGGUUUCCUCUGCUGGAGGCUAUGAUGUCCCCACAGAAACUGUCUGGUUCUUCACAGUGUCGAUACUCCGAAUCUUUGAAGAGUUUGACCAUGCAAGUGCUGAACAACAUGGCUGCGUUUAUUGCUCUUCCUUCAAUCCUGCAGCGAAUUCUACAGGAUCCCAUUUAUGGAAAAGGGAAACUUGGAGAAAUUCAAGGACUUGUCCUGGGCAUGUUGGACACUUUUAAUUAUGAACAAACCCUUUUAGAGACAACUACGAAUCUUUUAAACCACGAUCUCCACUGGUCCCUGUGUAACCUAAGAGCUUCUGUCACUAGAGGGCUUACCCCAAAGCAGGAUUACUGCUGCAUUUGUCUACAGCAGUACAAAAGAAGGCAAGAAACUGCUGAUGAAAUCAUCAUUUUCAGCUGUGGCCACUUGUACCAUUCCCUGUGUCUGCUGAGUAAAGAGUGUGGGUUAGUAACCAAAGGCCUGAUGAGAUGGACGUGCUAUAAGUGCAACUCAGGCAACAAGGGAGGAAAACUGAGUGAGAACUUCUCAGAGCUGAAAAAAGGAAGUGGAACAUCCUUGGCACAGGCAGGUUCAGAGUCUCCGUUGGAUCCUCAGCAAAUCCAAGCUUUUGACCAGCUCUGCCGACUCAACCGAGGAACCUCCAGGUUAGCUCUCCUGACUGAACUGUCUCGCAACCACGGCGGUGAAAAGCAUGGGCUGCUCAGCAUUUCCCACGGUGACCCUGCCACGAGCAGCGUCUUCCAGAACGAGAAUUUCCAGCUCCAUCUGGUCCCCCCUCCACUCGCUGAAGACUAACGCUUCUUCCCUUCUGCCCUGGCUGCAAGGAACCAUGGUUGGUUUUAGGUCUUGGUGCUGGGAAGCUUCUCCAUGAUGACACUGGACUUUUUCUUCUCUUCCUCCGCGCCUUUCCCAGAACCCUUUGCCGUGUUGGGUAGUUCUAGGUUUGUAGCAGCAGUUACUUUUCCAGCUCUGCUGCCACUUCUUACUGAACAGAACAGCAACUGCAGGGUAGCUGGUGGGACUGGAAGUUGUCAACUCUGGUGUCCAAGCUCAUUUGCAGAAGCAACAUGCAGCGCUGUGGGCUACCUGCACUAACCCUGAAGCUAAUGGCAGCAGGGGUAACUUUGCCAAAUAACUGGAGCCUCCUCCGCAGGCUAGAGGAGUGCAGCUUGCGUGUGCCCAGCGCCUGUGUGUCUCAAAACGCUGUGUUGAGUUUGCUGAUGGGUACCAUACUUGAGGUUUAAUUUUAGCACAAGUAAAAGCUGUCAUUUUGCCAGGGCCUGGCCCACUGCCUUACAGAGCGAGCCGUGGGUGGUUUGAUGGCAUGGAAUGGUUGGACCUGGAAAAGGCUGAAGAAUGCAAGAAAAUGAAAUAAGACAAGGGUAGCGUGAGCAAGCUAACCUGGGCAGUGUGUUCCUACAAACUUUCAUUAAAAAGGGCCCUUGGUUGAAUUUGGCUGUAUGAGCUUGUGCGCAAAGACAGUGGUAAGAGGGCUGCUGGUCUGGCAGCAUUGCUGGCUGCCAUUUUUUGGUACCGCUGCCACUGAAUUCUGGUAGCGAAAGGAUAUGUCUUUUCCCUGUGGAUGAAGCACAAACCUCCCCCUCCCUCCCAUGGUUGUACACAUGCUAGUUCUGGGGGCGGGGGUAAAAGUGGCACAGGAGCCACCAGUCACAAAGCAAGACCUACAAGCCCUGCUGAACACCUUUGGCUUCUGCCUUUUGCACUGCUGCAGCCCUGGCUGGUCCAAAAGGACAGCGGGGAUGGUUUGGCGCAGUCCGGAUCAUCCGCAGGGCUUUGCAGGCUCUUAGGGGCUGCAGGGGGUAGAGGACCAGCCUCAUUGGUGCUGGCGGUCAAAGAGGUUUGCCACUACUAAGCUCAAUUCGCUGUUUUGCGCUACCAAACUAGGGAUUGCCAAAGAGCAAGACUCAGUAUGCUCUUCCCCAUCUAGUACCUUUAGCAGACUAACUCGCAGAACUGCAACCUAAUAGCAACAGUGACAAAUGUUUUUAUAAUGUCAUCUCUGGCUUGUGAACAAUGUGUGUUACUGCUUUGGUAAUCGUUA